GCAGCGGAAGUUCACUGUAGAUUAUUGCUGCUGAGCUGGACAUUGUACGCAUGAAAAUGGCUCAGGAGUCGAGUUCAGUUAAGUCUAUAAGUCUCAGUUUAACUGCUCAAUAUGCACCGUCAUGGAAAACAUGGGAAGGCGUCCGUGAACUUGUACAAAACUGGCAUGAUGGAGUGUUCGCUUCCCUUGAAAAAAUGAAGAUCACCGCUUCUGCGAGAUCAAAAGUCGCGUUUCUUUCUGGCGAAGAAAAAGACUCUCUCUUAUAUAAAGCAGUGCUAACAACGGGAAAUUCGUCAGAAGGGGUAAGCAGUUCAGCCACUUUGACGAAUCGAACACAAAAAUGUGAUCAAACGUUCCAUGGUUCGCAUUCAGGGGAUCGUAAAGAGGAGAGGAGCGUGGAACUCGGGAGAAUAGUCUAUACCCCAGCCAGAGAAAGACUUACCCUGGUAAACCACGACACAGAACUGAUGAGGAAAGUCUUGCUUCUCGGUUUUUCGAAGAAAGCUUCCAACAAGGAAGUGAUUGGACAGUUUGGCGAAGGACUGAAAGUUGGUGCCUUGGCUUUGGUCAGAGAAGGGAGAGUGGUUUCUAUGGAAACGGGUAGAGAUCGGUGGAAGUUUGGAUUGUCGCAUGAUGAAGCGUUUGAUGAGGAGGUCUUGACUGUCUUUGUCGACGACAGGUGGAAUGAAAGUGACGACGACAAUAAUGAUGACGAUGAUGACCUCGAUCUUGGACAGACAGACACACGCGUAUCUGUCUUCCCACUUUGUCAUGAAGAUUGGGAACUGUAUGUGAAUCGGUUUCUUUUCCUCUGUCCACCUUCUGACUGUAUUAAGUCAGAAACUGGGACAUUGCUGAUUGGUGCUCAUUAUAAAGGCCAACUUUAUGUCAAAGGUGUCUGGGUGUCCGACCUGUCCAAAGAUGGUCUGGCCUCUGGCGUUGACCUUGUUCAUCUUAAGAUCGACAGAGAUCGAAGAGCUGUCAUUCAUCUGAGUGAAAUUGAUCACCAGAUUAGCAGUAUGUGGGUGCAUGCUAUAGAACAGAGACCAGAUCUGGUUCCAUAUUAUUACAAUCUCUUGGAACGGAACAACACCUCUGAUGUACGACAUGCAAAUUUCUACCUCAGCGAUGAAGCUGCAUUUCUGAUAGCUCAACGGUUUUUUGCUAUGCAUGGACCAAUGACAUACCCAAUACCCAACACAGUUUCAGCACAGAAACUCAAUGAAAUCAAACAAGAAAUUCAGGAGAAGUUAGUUUUGUGUAAUCAAUCUCUAAUUGACGUGCUGUAUAAGUCUGGAGCAUUUGAACCCUUGGAAACAAUUCUGUCCAGAGUAACACUAAAAAAGUAUUUCUUAGUUCCUUAUGCAGAAUUGACUCAAGAAGAAAUUGAUGUUCUUCAACAUGUUGAAAAGCUUGUCCAGUUGUGUUCUCCAGAAUUUAAUUUAACAUCCAUGGAUGUCUCUGAAUCUGCUGAUCGGGUCAUUUUUCGAAAGGAGUUUGGUCAUUACAAGAUUCCACGAGCCUUGCUAAGUGGGAAAACAGAUCACUGUUGCAAACAAAGGAGCAGUACCAAGUGUUUUUGUAGAGAGGCUUUGAUUGCAAUGAAGAUUCUAUCCCUUCAACCUCAGGAGUUAGUGCAAGUUGGUCAGAGCUCAUCUGAUGGCUGCAGUGACGGCAUAGUCAAGUUAGUGGCAUCUCUUUCAAUGCAGGUUUGCAGAAUGAAUCCGCCAUUUUGCGAAGACUUACAUGGAAGACCGCAAUCAUCACAAGAAUCCCCAAAUCCAUCAGUGCUCAAGAUGAGAGAGGAAAUGUUACAGAGAGAGAAAGAUCUUCUGAGUGAAAAACUCCUUGAGAAAGACAGGAACCAUGCACAAGAACUCUUACAGCUUCAGUCCAAGAUUUCUUCACUGGAGAAAGACCUGGUCAAUCAACAGGUGAAGUUUGUUAACGUAGAGCAGGAAGUCAGCGAAACAUGGAAGAAAGAGAUUGAAAAGUUGAAUGAAGAUGUGGUUGAACUUUCAAACACAAUCAUGGAUCUCAAAAGAGACAAGAUAUUCUACCAAGAGAAGCUGGCUUCUACCAUAGAGGACCUAAAAAGCAAACAGAGAGCUUUUUCUCAUCAAGUUAGUGUUUUAAAUGAAAAAAGUCAUAUUCUUCGGAAGCGUCUAGCAAACAAGUUUGAGAAACUGUCUCAGAUUGUUCUGGCUUCGAAACAGGCAGAUGACUCUGUUGCAGACGUUCUGAAAACAACAACCAAAGAAAUUGAAGAAAUGUGGUUUCAAAAGGAUAAUUGCAUCAUAUGUACUCUACAAAAGCCAAACUGUGUUGUUCUUCCUUGUCGCCAUCAAAUAACCUGUUUUCAAUGCACUUCCUUCUUAGCAACAUGUUCUUACUGCAGAGGACCUAUAAAGGAAAGGCUUCUCACCUAUGGCUUAUAAUGUUUAAAAUUAAAAUUCAAGAUAAAUAUGAACUGGACAUUCAUAUACCAAUCAAGUAAUUAAUUCAGGCUGCCAAAUAUUGCACCAUAUGUAUCAUGAAAAUCAUUGAAAUUAAAGACUCGAGAAUCACUUAAUAGUGCAUUAAAAUCCUAGUCUAUAUGUACAUUGUAGCUCUUAAAAGAAGUAGCUAGUAUUGGAGUACUUUUCAUAUUUUGUAACAUUUUUUGGUAUUUUAAUAACUUUUUAGUUACUAGAAGUGAGAAUUUUCACAUAAUUAAAUCUUUUAGUUUUCAAACUACAGCUAAGAUAGAAUUUCUUUGACUUUACAGCUGAUUAGACAAAUAAUAAUGUCAAAGGGUUGUACUCACAAAACAACUUUUAGCAUAUGUUGUAUUGACUCAUUGGUCUUCUUUGAAUAAGUGCCUUUAUGAACAAGAGUGUUAACCUAUAGACAAAACUGUAGGUGCUACUUUUCAUUGGCUGAGAAAAAAGGUUCCACAAUCAAUAUCUUCCACUUCCUGAGCAGACACAGUACUGUACGAUAUACUAAAAAAGUGCCAGCUUGUGUUUACUUCUAUUUUUGCGACAAAUAAUGAUCAAUCCAGAUGGGGUCUGAGUAACUGAGUGCCUGAAUUUGUCAGUAUGAGAGGUAGAGCAGCUGGUUUAAUCUCUCCUGAGACUGUAGCAUAGAUGAGACCUGGACUAAUAAAUAUUAAUGAAAUGUUUGAGAAACAAAGCUAUCUUUUGGCAUACAUACAUAUUCUAUCCUUCACUGAAAUUCAACCCGAACAUUCUACCCAGAUAAUGAAACUGUCCAGAGAUUUAGCAACUGUCCCUGAUUGCCAACCUCGUUCCCAGGACUCUUUCAGAAGAGAGACCCUGGGAACAAGUUUACCUAAUUGGUUGUUACUUUUGUUACUUAUGGGCAAAAA